CUUGCAGAUCGGUCUCCUACAUCCUGUUCACGGUUUCUCGUAUUAGUGCUGGAGAGUAGAGCACGUUUCUGUCGACAUGGCCAACCCUAGAGUGUUUUUUGAUAUCACUGUUGAUGGGAAAAAUAUAGGAAGGAUUGUGAUGGAGUUGAGAGCUGAUGCGGUCCCAAAGACUGCUGAGAACUUUCGAGCUCUGUGCACUGGAGAGAAGGGUUUCGGCUACAAAGGCUCUGGCUUCCACCGUGUCAUCCCAGGAUUCAUGUGUCAGGGUGGUGACUUCACGAGACACAAUGGAACUGGUGGAAGGUCCAUCUAUGGUGAGAAGUUUGCAGAUGAGAACUUCACUCUGAGGCACACGUCCCCUGGCACCCUGUCCAUGGCUAAUGCGGGACCCAACACCAAUGGCUCACAGUUCUUCAUCUGCACUGCGAAAACCUCCUGGCUCGAUGGCAAGCACGUUGUGUUUGGGAGUGUUGUUGAGGGCAUGGAUGUCGUCAGAGCUAUAGAAAGCAAAGGAAAUGACAAGGGCACUUGCUCUUCCAAGAUCACCAUUGCUGAUUGUGGCCAACUUUAAAUACCACUCAACACCUAGCUUCAGUCUUGUGCAUUCCUUUCCCUUUAAUUUUCUUUUUCAUUCUUAUCAAAACAAUUGUGCAUCAACCAUGUUUUUGUUAACAUCCAUACUUUUGUUAAACAGAUGUUCUAUUUAAAGGCAGAACAAGAACCUCUUCCACUUUCCAUCUGUUUUAUUGUGAUUGCCUCAGGCAUUAAAUGAGGUUCCCCCUUGAUUUUGGAAAUGGUGCUGCUGCAGAUUGACUCUAGCAAGCAGCUGGUAAUGGCAUUAGCAAAUUAAAAAAAAAAAAAUUCAUUGACAUUUGUAGGGGAGAUAUUUAACAAUUUUUGGAAGCUUAGAGUUCUAGUUGGGAGGUUUAGUGGAAAUAAAAGCUGUAAUUAAGAGAAGGAAAUCAAUAUGCUCACUGUAUGCUCAAGAGGAAAAUACAUUCUAAAAAUAAAUUGUAACUUUUUUCUA